UCCUCUUUGGCCGGGUACUCCCGGGGUGGGGGUGGCCGCGGCCAUUGGCCGAGAGGCGGGAGGGGCGGGGUCCUCGGGAGCCGCUGCGGGUCUGGCCGAGCGGGAGGAGGCCAGCGGCCGGCUGGAGAGGCACGCGUUGGGCUGCUGCGUUUCUGUCUUGUCAUGGCACCGUCGCCCCUGAAAGUGUGCAUCGUGGGCUCGGGGAACUGGGGUUCAGCUGUUGCAAAAAUAAUUGGUAAUAAUGUCAAGAAACUUCAGAAGUUUGCCUCCACAGUCAAGAUGUGGGUCUUUGAAGAAACGGUUAAUGGGAGGAAACUGACAGACAUCAUAAAUAAUGACCAUGAAAAUGUGAAAUAUCUCCCUGGACACAAGCUGCCAGAAAACGUGGUGGCCGUCCCGAACCUCAGCGAGGCUGUGCAAGACGCAGACCUGCUGGUGUUUGUCAUCCCCCACCAGUUCAUCCACAGGAUCUGUGAUGAGCUCACCGGGAAGGUGCCCAAGCAAGCGCUGGGAAUCACACUCAUCAAGGGCAUCGACGAGGGCCCGGACGGGCUGAAGCUCAUCUCUGACAUCAUCCGAGAGAAGAUGGGCAUCGACAUCAGCGUGCUGAUGGGAGCCAACAUUGCCAACGAGGUGGCUGCCGGGAAGUUCUGUGAGACCACCAUCGGCAGCAAGGUCCUGGAGAACGGCCUCCUCUUCAAAGAGCUCCUGCAGACCCCCAACUUCCGAAUCACGGUGGUCGACGACGCAGACACCGUGGAACUCUGUGGCGCUCUGAAGAACAUCGUAGCCGUGGGAGCUGGGUUCUGCGACGGUCUCCGCAGCGGAGACAACACCAAAGCUGCCGUCAUCCGCCUGGGACUCAUGGAAAUGAUCGCCUUCGCCAAGAUCUUCUGCAAGGGCCAGGUGUCCACAGCCACCUUCCUGGAGAGCUGCGGCGUGGCCGACCUGAUCACCACCUGCUACGGCGGCCGGAACCGCAGGGUCGCUGAGGCCUUUGCCAAGACUGGAAAGACCAUUGAAGAGUUGGAGAAGGAGCUGCUAAACGGGCAGAAGCUCCAGGGGCCUCAGACCUCCGCUGAAGUGCACCGCAUCCUCAAACAGAAAGGGCUGCUGGACAAGUUCCCACUGUUUACCGCAGUGUACCAGAUCUGCUACGAAGGCAGGCCCGUUCAGGAGAUGCUGUCUUGUCUGCAGAGCCAUCCAGAGCACACAUAAGGAGGAUCGUGCGACGCGCCGGGCAGAGCCCUGCCUUUCCGAUGAGUCUUCUGGGUUCAGGUGGAAACUGGGACUUGGCGGCCAGAUGUUUGCUGGCCUGUAACCCCAUCAUGGAUGUGUAUGAAUUGUUACAGGCUCGUCUUUAGAUUUCAAGAAGCAGAUCAUUGGCUUAAGAUGUACUGAGCAACUAGACGCACAUAUGUGAACACGUGGGUGUGUGUUCAUUCCUCGUUCUGUGGGUGUUUUUAUGAACCAAAAUUAAAAGUCCUUUUUAAAAAUUA